AUGAUCAGCACCGACAGAACGCAAUCGACGCAGCAGAAGCCCGUGGUGCGCGGUCGAUAUGCCAAAUUCAACGGCUCUAUGGAUGUGGUGCUUCUACAAGCACUGCAGCUCAAUAAUCCCUUCACAGCCAAGCAUGGCACGAGGCUGCAAAUGUGGCAGCACAUUGCUGAAGCUGUUGGCUUGCAGAUAUUCAACAAUCCAAACGCCUUUUCAUGGCACACGUGUCGUGACCGAGUGACGGCGUUGAUGAAGAUGUAUACAGAUGGAAAGCACGACAAACUAUUUAAGCACGGAACAAUGGAGGAAAAUGCACAAAAGGAAUCUAUUUUGCGUGAGAUCAACGAAACUUUACUUCGAAAGAAUCACAAAAUGGCAGGUCAGGCGGAUGGUAAUGGAAAGGAAAAAGCUGCUGUAACGAUAAGUGAAGGUACAGGGUUUAAGUCUGCUGCUUCUUCUAUGAUUUCAGGGCAGAAACGACGAAAAUUGGAGAAUGUGAGUGGCAAAGUAUCUGCAGCUUCCGACGUCGAUGACAUUAGCGACAGCAAAAUCUUUCGUGCACGGGUUCUGGAGCUUAUUGAAAGCAAGAUUUUGUUUGACAAAGAUCAGCAACAAAAGGAAACAGUACUUCGAGAGCAGGAGUUGGAGCUGCAAAAGCAGUUUUUGGACUAUUUACAGACAAAAUAG